CAUACCGCCUGACUUGCCUUCUCCAUGACCUUGCUACGAAACCCGUCAGUAUGGGUGAGACCGCUCUCAUCCGGAGUCCGAUGCGCUGGUAGUUCUACCCUCCGGCUAUCCACAAGGCCCUUCCGCGCCCAGUCUCAGACCCGCGGCAAGCACACAAAAAAUCCGCCGAAUGCGCCAUCUUCGCGACCACAAUCACGACCAUUCCCACAAGGACAGCGCGCGCCUGUGCGUCAGGAGAAACAGGAUGUUGCCGAAGAAAAGAUACCGGGCCAAUUCCCUAAGGUGAAGGUCCGGUACCUGCGUCCUGCCGUCUAUGCCAUCUCGGUUUCAUCUGGAAUAUUCAUUUUCCUGGCCUACAUGGAAGCUAGAGAAGAACUCAAACCGAAAGCCAUCGAGAAUGCGUUUCCGCAAUGGCAGAUCCAGAGGCGAGCCCCACCAACACCAACCGAAGUGGCGACGCGAGCGUGGGAUGAGCUCACGCCAAUAUCGAAGCUGAGCUGGGGCAUAAUAGCGGCAAACGGCGCUGUUCAUCUCACGAGCUUCGUGGCGCCCAGAUACUGGCAUAUGCUUUGGCAUACGCCGGCGGCCAAUGCAAAUUUCCAGCUUUUCACUUCCACCUGGGUGCAUUCCGGACCGAUGCAUCUUCUUUUCAACAUGUGGGCAUGCCACAACUUCCUGCCUUCGACGGGAUACUCGCGACUUUUCGAGGGCGACCCGUACCACACGCUCUCUUUCUACCUCUCUGCCGGCCUCAUAUCCGGUUACGCGCAGCAUCUCACCACCAUGUUCGCGCGCGCCAGAGCAGGCAUCCCCGCGAUCUUCAUUCCGUCCGGAGGCGCCAGCGGGGCGCUCUUUGGCGUCUUUGCCGCUUUCUGCAUGCAGUAUCCGGACGCUGGAGUUGGCAUCCUGUUUGUGCCAUAUUACAUGGAUGCGCAGUACUUCCUGCCUGCAAUCAUGCUCUUUGAUUUUGUUGGCAUGGUUCGCGGGUACUCAUUCGUGAACUUCGGCCAUGCUGCGCAUCUUGCUGGGGCUUCGAUGGGAAUCGUGUACUCAUAUUUCGACGGGAAGAAUAGGAUCUGGAAACCCCUGGUACGAUUCUGGAAGCGCCGCUUGCAGAACCAGUCUUAGAGCGCGAAAUCCGGUGGCCGGCUCGAGUGCUACGUGCUCCAGCAAACGCCCAAAUGAAUGUACGAUUAUGUUGUAUUCUCACCAACAACUCAAAUGAAACAAUGAAAUAUUGGGGUAGCGAAUCUUCAGGAGCGGUAUACAACAUUUACAAAAAGACACUCCUUUGAGCCCUAAUCUCUGUUUGCCGAAACAAUUCUGUUAAUCAAAACAAUAAACAGGCCCAUUGAAGAGCAUAAUAACGCCUUCUUCCCCCGGGUGACAUCCUACCAACAGCAGACUCCAAUGGCUUACCCGGGACCCAUCUCCGUCCUCGUCGGCCGCCGUACUGGCGAGCCAGCCCAGCAGCUCCAGAUCAGCCCCCGCGCUCGCAUCAACUGCCCUUUCUUCAAGAACCUUGCUUCUGGCUCUUCGUUGCCAACCACGCACCCCGAUGCU